AUGAUUAAUACUUUACUCGAUAAACUAAAUGAUGUUCGUAUAAAAAAUAACUUAAAAAAAUUAGAAUGGAAUACCCAAUUAAUUAAUGCUGCAAGUAAAGAUGUAAAAGAAAUUUCUUUAUAUAAUAAAUUUGCAGAAAAUAAUACACCUAAAACCUUUUAUUAUAACAAACGAGAAUAUUAUAAUGCUACAGAUGAAAAUGAAGUUGUAGAAAAAUUAUUAAAAACACAUGAACAUAAAAAAAUUUUAUUAGAUAAAAAAUAUAAUCAUUUUGGUGCCUCUUUUAAAAAUAAACACUGGGUGGUGAUUUUUGGUCAACUCUAUGCUAAAGAAGAAAUUGAUAUCAAUCUUUUAUUAAAAUAUACUAAUGAUGAACGAGUAAAACUUGAUCUUAAAAAACUU